CCCAUAUGGAGGAGAGGGGACAACGCGGACUGGAAGAGGGGCGACAACGCAGAUUGGAAGCGGGGAGACAACGCAGACUGGAAGCGGGGGGACAAUGCGGAUUGGAAGAGGGGUGACAACGCCGACUGGAAGCGCGGCGACAACGCUGACUGGCGCCGCGGCGACAACGCCGACUGGAAGCGGGAACCCCACGCACACGGCCACGAGCGACAACCCUCUGACUGGUGA